AUGGAGUUAAGGCGUCAACAAUCUGAUUUGACCGAUACGGCCAAAAGAGCUCUUGCGACGAACCGAGGCCAGUUGGAGUGUUUGAAAUCAACUUAUGGAUUACUAGAAAGCGAGUAUAAAAACAAGUGCUGUAACCUGAAUGCUGAGCAAGCACGAUUUCUUCGAUUCAUGAAAACCAAACUUCCAGCGAUCAAAGUUUCUACGGAUGAAAGUGAGUUGCCCAAGCCUAAGUUCUUAACAACGACGGAUUCUCCACACAUAGGGAACCGUAGUACCGUGACAUUGCCAGUUUUACUCGACAGAAGGAGGAGGUCGAAGUCGUUCUCGGAUUUGUCGGAGGCGCUGAGCUUAAACGAACUGGAAUCACCUCGCGAUAAGACGACGGGAAGACAAAAGUCUUGUGAGAACUUGUAUAAUGAAAAGCUAGGCGAGAGUCGGAUUAACGCUAACACAACUCUCUCGAGAAGUUGGACAGCUUUAGACUCAUCGUCGAACUUACCGGCCAAAAGGAGAACUGAGAAACAAUUAGGACAACCGUUUGGAAGUGCUGCAAACAAAACUUCCUUUAAAAACUUUGUGGAACCUUCAAGAAAGGUCUCCUCCCCGGCAAGAUUGGCUCCAUUGGACAUCAACCGCGUUCAUGAAACACGAAAGUCAUCAAGUAAAAAGCCAAUUGAAACGCAAUUAGGAGAUGUGAAAAAUUUAAGGUAUCUUAGAAGUGGAAAAUAUACCACUGAAGAUGAUGUUUCUGAAGAGACUAUUUAAAAUGUGAAAACGGCUUGAGAAAAGCAGUAGAAAACCAUCCUUAUUAAAUAUAACAAGAUUAGUUCACAUAUUCGUGAGAAACUUUCAUGGUUAACAUGUGCGGUAAUUGGCUUAAAGGAGCUUGCUCACUGGCUCGGAAAAUGAUUACAUGAUCUUUUUGAACUUGUUGAUUAUCCAACAAAAUUUUCUUGUUUCUCGCUAUUAUUGGGAAUUCGUCUCGUAACAGAGGUUGGUGCGAUAUCUAAUAGCUACUUUUUUAAAAUCUCUAUUUUUAAUUUGUGACCACAUUUAUCCGUUUCACUUUCCAGUUUUCAAACGGAAGUUUCCCAAAACAAUCAUGAUUGUCUACAGCAUAUAGACUUAUUCCGUAAACCGAUAGGUGUUUUAAUUUGUUGGGUCGCAAUGGCAGGGAAAAUAGCUGCAGACCGCAACGUGCUUUUACGAAAUCAUAUAGGACUCUGGAACCGUAAUUUUUUAGUCUUCUUGAAUCUCUCGGUUGUCAAAUACAUCAAAUUUACUUCACUCUGGCUUACUUUUGUCGUCUGACUCUAAAGCUCUUUCCUGUCUCUCGCUCUUUGAUUCUCACUGACUACUAAGUAAACUCUAAAGUACAUGCUUAUAUACAUUCCCUAUCGGUAGGCAUGUUUGGGCAUGCUGGCCAACUGACCUCGGUAAGAACACGAACCCAACUGAAAACUCUUAAAAGAAUUUAUAGCUGAUUUGGCUUAAAAUGCGUCAACAGAAUAACAGUCAACAUGGUAUAUCACCCGGUGUUUAAACUCCCAUAGACGGCGGUGAAUGAGGGUAAGAGGUUCUAACUUAUCAAAACGAAAAUUUUGGCAGGCGGGGUUUCGGCAGACCCGUCCCCCACCAACCCACGUUUCGAUGUGAAUGAUAUCGCAAUCGUGAUAGUGUAGUCUGAUCGUCUAGGUGAGGUCAGCCUUGAGAAGGACUGUUGUUGGUAGUGGUGACUGACGUUUCGACAACCUGAGCGGAAGUCAUCACUAGUCAAGUGAAUAGUUGUUGUCAGGCUGUUGGAUGUUUUCAUGGCUUGUUUACUUUUCGAGCAGUAAUCUCUAUGUUUAGGUUUUGCGAUUGACCUUUCUCUUAAAGUUCUCGUUCAAAUAUGGAUUGUUUAAUUGAAAGGAUGAAUUACAUGUUGUCAUUUGGGAGAGUGUCCUAAAAUUGUGAAGGUUAAUUUUCUGUUGAAUAUGUUUCAUCCUCCAAGUUCAGUAAGCCAACAUAUCCACUCAUGCUUACCAUACACAAAAAAGAGCUUCACUAGUCAUUCUUGUUAGAUUAGCUGACGAAGAAUACAAGAAUUUAAAAGAAAGCUACAGACCAUUGGUACUUUGCCUUGUGUUUUCCUCAAAUGUUCUCUACAUUUGACAAAUCUUCUCACUAAGGCCGCGCUCGUCGAAAAACAAUAUUGAAGGACUUUUUAUUGAAGAACUACCCCCUGAUGAAUUGAAACAAGUCGAUUUUGGUCACACUACUCGCUGUUAAGAUUGCAAAGAGGUUUGCCUUUGCCAGCAAACUGUGCAGGGUACAUUUGGGAUGUUUGAAUUGGUGCUUGCUGUGGAUUGGAGUGCGAUUCCCCAGCUCCCCAUCCCCCAUCCCCUCACCAAAUGUUUCAAACGCCGCGCAGUCCCUGAAAACAUGUUGAAAUAACACUCUGAUAGCCAAGAAAUUUGGUGAUCCUGAUCUCCUUAUGGUAUAAAGAUAAGCUUGUCAUCACAAAUUUCUGCAAAGUUUUGAGACGAAGUUUGCAGUAUGACUAGUAUGCUUACUUAUGAUGACUAAUAUAACUAGCUAAGUGAGUGUUAAGACUUUUUGUAAACCCUGUAUUAGAAUACUCAUAGAUAACAGACCAUGGUGUCAUUCCCUUUUCGGAAACCUAUCCACUGGUAUUGAGUCAAAAUAGUGGUGCUGCGUAUCAUUUCCCCUUUUGACAGGCUUAUGGAGUAGAGUCAGGGGUUGAUAAUUUUCAGUUAUCUCUCGGCAGAAGCGAAGCUGAGAAAAAAAAUUAAAGUGCGCUGGCAAUUUUUGAUCAAAGUUACUGUAGUUAAACAACGUUUCCAUCUAUCCUUUUCUUGUAACCAUCUGUUGUAGCCCAUGCAUCUAUUAAUCCUAUUAAUCCUUAUAAUCCUAGCCCAUGUUCUCUUCCAUCUUCCUAACCCUUCGUUUUUUUAUUUUUUAGCUUGUAGGGAAAACCAGCAGUCGACAGUCACGUUAACGAGUUCAAAUGGCACAAUUUCCCCUGGAUAUUUUCCGAAAAAUGCGGUAUGCAACUGGAUUCUAACAGCUCCCAUAGGAAGUGUGUUCAGAAUAUCACUCAACGUCUAUGUUAACAGACGAAAGUUACCCUGCAGUGGUAAUUAUGUGAAGAUCUACGAUGGAAGCGGUGUUGGCAGUUACGUUAUGUUUGAACAUGACUGUAGCGGGAAAAAGGAUUUCUCAGGGUAUUUUUUCUCUUCUGAUCGUCACGUGUUACUGGAGGUAAAGACAGGAGCAGAGGAAAAGUCUACGGGAUUGAUUUUGAAAUAUGACACCUUUGCUAAGCAAGGUAAACUUUAACCUAGAGGAAGGGUACUCUAAUGUAUAUUAUUAGAGUAUAUGCCCCUUUUUAGGGCGCUAGUUUGCUCUCGAGCCCAGUGCCUCAUAAUGCUUGAGCUUACCACUUAAAAAACCACACCUCUCUGAGCAGUUCUUGCGUAAGAUGGCUUGCGGUAGUUAUAGAGGUAUGGGAGACAACGAUAGUUUUACAGCAUCACAUCUAGAAAGAGUUGUAAAAUACAACUGAGGGUAGGCCAAGAAGGAUCUCGUAAUCCCACUGGCAAACACCUAUCUAAGACCUUAAGUAUACCUGUCAUCGCUAGUGAAAUUGGUCCUCCUCAAAAAUCUCUCAACUGAAUCAUUGUUUAUGAUACUCUUUGCUACCCCCUCCCCCCCUUCCAAGGGGUAAGGUGGCAGGGCAGGGCAGGGCAGGGCAGGGCGGGGCAGGGCAGGGCAGGGCUGAAGCUGAGGCCACCACCCAAGAUAGACUCUUACAAAGGGGGAAGUAACUAUGAAGGUCGUUAAACCACUGGUAGAAGAAAUUGAGGGAAUCGAAGUGAAAAUUCCUCGGAGAAAUUGUAAGGUGAGGUGCAAGGAAACUAUACAGCGUCUUUCUCAUGGAAGGUGGUAGCUAUUUGCUUUGAAUUUGUGCGGAUAAGGGUUAAAUCCCCCUGUGAGUUUAGAGAUCGAUUUCCUUUAAUGUGGUAAAACGACGACAAAUCAGGAAAUCGUAAAAUGGGAAAUUUCUCAAAUAGCCAGUAACAACUCAAAUUAAAAAAAAGGACCAACACCUGAUGUGCGAAAAACGUCAGCGAGCCAGUUGCGAAUGGUUUUAUUUUGGUCAAACCAAUUACAAUGAAAGAUAAGGCAAAUUCAGUGCAAUGCCGAAUUUUUUUGCGACAUUUAGUUGGAAGUUUCUAUUGUUAACCGUGACAUUAAAUUGUGUUCCCUUUUUAGAGUCAUGUUCUAUAAACAGUACCUUGGAUGCUCCACUGUCGCCAACUGAACGUAACUUCACAAGCCCUUACUACCCUCAUGGCUAUCCCUUAAAUACAACUUGUGGAUGGCACAUCACAGCUCCUCAGAACCACGUGGUUAUGCUUUUGAUAACACAACAGCUGGAUCUUCGUGACAGUGUGGAAAUUUUCGAUGUAGAUGGCGCCCAACUCAUUCCCAUUGAUAUUCCAAAGAAUGAGCUUUACUCGAAGUUUCAAUCUGUCUAUGUAGUCUUCAAGAGCGAUCAGAGGCCACGAACGUUUCUAAACCAAGAGAAGGGGAUACUUGUUCGUUACUCCGCAGUAAGGAAAGGUAAAGCUUUGGCGGAGUAUGAAGGGAAGAAGGUGGCAGUUUGAGUUGAACCACAAAACUCUAGUGGGUCGUAAAAGUCUUGGCACGUUCUUCUAAUUAUUGAAUUUUCCCUUUGACUUUUGUUAUUUCUCCCUUCCCCCCCUCCCCCCUCCCCCCUUUCAAUGUUGCUUGGUGCUAACAAAAUAGUCACACAUUUCAGGAAAUAUUGUAUGGGGGGAGAGGGUAAGGGGAGACUUGAAAGUAACUUACUAGAGAUGAAUUGCAAGAUUUCUGUUUAUUAUGUUGAGUGGAGGGUUGUUCCAACCUCCUUUGCCACUCAUUGUAGAUCUUGCAGGAUCAUCAAUGACCUCCAUUUUUGUGAUAAUCUGAAUUAUGACCGACCUUGCUGAUUGUCUAACUGACCAACUAAAUGACUUAAUGGCUGACUAGCUGUGUGAUUAAUCAUUUGAUGACUGUUUUUUUUUUGUUUUAUUUGAUUAUUUUUUCCAUAGUAACCACCUGUUCUUUUGGAAACUCCUACGACGAGAACAUGAAUAUCUUCUUCGAGGAUUCUUCAGGAACAAUCGAAACUCCCGGGUAUCCAAGUGGUUAUAAUAACUCCCUGAUCAACGAAUGUUCCUGGAAGAUAAUCGUACCCACUGAUAAAGUAGUGCGAAUAGAAUUCACGUCUUAUCGGCUUGGACAGUACGAUUACGCUGAAAUCGCUGAUAGAAUAAAUGGGUUACUCCCAAUUUCUAUUUUACUUUCUGGUACAGAACCAUCGUUUAAAUUCUAUUCAACUGGACGCGAGCUUAGUAUAAAGGUGACAGCUCGUUCAGAUCAAAAGAGUGGUCCAGGAUUCAUUGCAGACUACACUGCAGUGCCUGCGGGUGAGUCGGUCAGUCUGUUAUUCUACGUGUCCGUUAGUCUGUCCGUCAGUCAAUCUUAGUCCAUAUGUCUGUCUGUUUGUUUGUAAGAAAAUCGUAUUGGUGAUCAUGUUGUCAGUCUUUCAGUCAAUCAGCUACCGAGUUAAAUACAUACUAUGGUAUCCAAUCACUCUGGCUCUUCAUGCAGGUCAAUGGGUCAGUCUGACAGUCAGCCAAUCAGUCAGUCUGAUAGCCUGUCAGUGAGUUAGUCAGCCAGCCAAACAGUGGGUCAGUCAAUUAGUGAGUUAGUUAAUCAGUUUGCUAAUCUGCCAGUCUGUCAGUCAGUUAGUCAGUCAGUCUGUUGGCUAUACAUACCGUCCGAAUCGGUUUAUCAGUCUGUUCGUCGGCUAUUGAAUUAAAUUAGGCCAAUCGGUAAGUCUGUUAAUCAGCCAUUUCAGUCAGCUCGUUAGUCGCUCAGUCGUCUUCCCAAUUAGUCGUAAUGAAUCAAAGUCUUAAUGAAUAAGUUAGAAAGUCAGUCAGUCAAGCAGGAAAUGAGUCUUUCAUUGAGUUGUUCCAUCAGUAAAGAGGCCCACCAAUCAGAGAGACCUUGUAGUUUUUUUAACCCUUUGCUUCCCAAGAUCUCAUCGGUAAUUCUCUUUACUCUCUGCCGUACAAUUCUCAUAAUGUUAGUUCUGAGAAUUUGGUAUUGAAUCAACUAUUAAUAAACCCCUAGUUUAUAUUUCUUGUUAUUAUCAUCACUUUCCUAUUUGGUAGUGUAUCGAUAUUUUAAGGAGAAAUUAUGUCUUGGUCACUAAUAGGAGUUUAAAGAUUAUCUGACUUAGAAAGAAAGCAUGGUUACCUUUUUCAGUGACAUCGGGAGCCUGCGUUUUGGGAAAGAACUCAGUGGUGAAUAUGACUGGUGAAGGGCGAAGCUUCUCAACGCCGGGGUAUCCUUUCAUUGUGGAACAAGGAACUUGUACUUGGAACGUCAUAGUGAACUCCGGCGAGUUCAUAAAGCUUACAUUUCGGAAUAUUAAGGGAAUAUGCGCUCAGAACUUUAUAAAAGUCUUUGAUGAGACAAAUUCCACUCGGAUUUCCCUAGGAAAGUUUUGCACAAAAUACUCCGACGUAGUAUACUCGCGAGGCAACAAAUUAAAGGUGGAGUAUACAUCACUCUCUUCCAAAAAGUAUUCUGGUGGUUUUUUCGCCACAUAUCAGUCCAUUCAAGCAAUCCCAGCUAAUUACUCCAGUCAGAUAACUAGAUAUGAAUCAAGACGUAUUGAAAUGAAAGACUUCGCUGGCGAAUUCGCCAGCUACAAUUAUCCGCUGCCUUAUUCCAACGACGUCAAGUGCUUGUGGAAAAUUGAACGGCAGGCUGGUCACGUGAUCCGUUUGACGUUUCAAUUCUUUGACUUACAACAAUCUGAAGAUUGUGAAAGCGAUUACGUGAAGAUCGAGCAAGGAUCUUACUUUUGGAGGACUCUGGUUGGAAAAUUCUGUGGCUCCUCGCUCCCUGGUGCCAUUCUGGUGAAUGACUCAAAUAUGUACGUGGACUUUGUGAGCGACAGCUCCGGAAAAUACCCAGGAUUCCAUGCAAGUUACCAAAUACUUCCUGAUCGUAAGUAUGGAAAAAUUUAAGGUGCUGAGUCGCUGUUCUUUUAUUUAUUUUGAACUUGAUGAUGACGAAACGAUAAGACAGAUAGUUUCAACUGUCAUUCCCUUUGUUAAAUAUAUAUAUUUCUUUUCUCUUCUCUUUUUACUUUUUUCUAAGCCGCAAUGGGACCAUGCAAGAACCCCUUUCAAGACAACGUGAUUCCUCUGACUGGAGAAAAAGGAAUUAUCUUUUCGCCUGUUUAUCCGCGUAAAUUUAUCGACAGCAUUACGUGCACCUGGAUAAUAACAGUUCCUGAGAGACAUUUUGUGAAGCUGAGAAUAAAGUCUUUCGAUUUUCGCGAUUGUUCGGAGUCCAUCCUCACUAUUCGCGACGGCCGAAGUUCAAGGAGUGAUUUACUUAAAUCUUUUUGCAGCAUAUCCUUUGAGAGCUCAGUGUUUUCCAGCUCUCGUCAUCUUUGGGUUCAGUUCGUUGCUGUUCAAAAUCGUAUUGGAGCGAGCUUCUAUGCUGAAUUCGAGGCUGUGAAUCAAGGUAAUGAUUAUUUACUCCCCAACGUAUCUACAAUUUCAUCAUUUCAUAUGAAUGGUACAUUAAAUGCGCGAGGUAAAGAUAUAGUUUCCGUGAAACAGGAUUAACUCUGAUAUUCAUCAAUAUUUGUGUAAUAAAUGUUAUUUCUUCACUUCUUUUCAGUACCAGCCCCUUUCGCUUGCACUGCAAGUAACCAACGCGUCACUUUUACGUCAGAAACAGGAAGUUUGGCCAGCUAUAACUACCCUCUUGCUUACGAUGACUCUGCCGAGUGUGUUUGGAUCAUUCGCGUGGACAGUGAUAACAACAUUAAGCUAUCCUUCGACUCCUUUAAUCUGUCUCAGUCCGACGAAUGUUCUGAAGAUUAUGUGGAGGUACGAGACGGCCAGUUUGACACCAGUGAUUUGGUAGGAAAGUAUUGUGGAUCACAGAAACCUUCAGCAAUUACUUCGGAUGACUGGGAGCUUCGCGUGGCGUUCAGGUCCAGCGGAAAGACGAAAUAUCCCGGUUUCAAGGCAACUUUUGAAACAAAAAGUGAGUGCAAAUGUUUGUAGGUGUCAAUGCGAUGUUUUGAUGCGACAUUGGGCGUUCCUCUCAGAAAUCAUUACUUAGCUGGGAGGGGAUGCCCAAUUAGACCUGGACAGGGUUUUGAAACCUUGGCGAGCAGCAUCAGAAAGGCAAUCAACAACAGUAGCUAUAGAGGGUCAGUUAUUGUGCUACUUUUUGAAACAUUGGUUAAUUUACGUAACUGCUGAUUAAAAUAAACAUUAAAACAACAAACUUAAUUUCCACUUUUGAAAGGGGACACAAUCUUCUCCAUUCUGUAACACUAGUUCCCGUUUGUUUUAUUCUUGUCUCUUUGGUGUUUGUCGACCCUGGCUAACUUGUACAAGGAACAAAGUAAACUUUGAUUAUUUCUGUCUUUUUUCCUCCCCAUGCAGAGUCAACUGGAGCCAUUUUAAAAAUCGUGGGAAUUUGCGUCGGUGCACUGGCAGCUGUAUUUGGAAUCACUGGAGCCUGCAUAAAGUACGGCAGCUGCUGCAAGAGCAAUGAAGAUAGAGUUGUUCAAGGAACUUUUGACGACGAGGUAGAAGGUGUCCCUUUACAGGAAGAAUCUUCUAAAGUAUAGCUGCAACUGUUAUCGUCAAAGAAGUUGUGACAUUCCCAUUGGGGUCGCAAUAUUCUCGAAAGGAUUUUAAUUCCCCUUAUUUCCUUACUUCCUUGCGUUUAAUUCUUCUCUCACCUGAGGGCCAAUGUUCCUGUAAAGCUUCUCUGAUUCUAGAGGUUGUUUCAUUCAUCCAUAGGCCACAAGAACACUAUGUGUCAAUUGAUUUGGUCGCCAUAUUGUGACUGUCGAAGGGCUGUAUAUUAAUGUCUUGCAAAGGCGUCAACAGCCUUGCAGACACUUGAAAAUGCUGAAGAAAUCCUCGCUAAAACUUGGUUACAACAGAAAUCUUCCCGCUCUCAAUCACCGUAGUGAGAGAGAAAAAAAACAACUUACAAAGAACUCGAAAAUACCUCUCAUGUAACUGGGCUCCUAGUCUGCACAUUUUUAAGGUACAUUCUUAUUUUUUGCACCAGAAAACUCCAGCAAAUAUUAGUUUGAGAUAUUUAUUUAGGAAAAAAUCUCCUUCCAAAG